CGGGAUGUCGGGGCGAUGAGCCGACCUGCCGGGGAAGUGGCGAAGCGGAGUGUGAUACGUUCCCGAGUCUGGAGCUCAGUGGCUGUCGACUCUCCGCAUUCCUGGCUGACGUCAGUCACCGAAGUUGGUGGAGGGGGCCGGGGCAUUUAAAGUGGGAAGCGGGCUGUUCUCACUGCUCGUGGGCCUCUUACCGCGAAGAAGGAAGACAAACAACAAGAAGAAUUACGGUGUUUUUACUGAUGAGCUCUCGCCUUGGGUGGAUGUGUGCGUGGGUCUCUCCCUCUCUGGAUGUGCCUUCUUAGAAAGUUGUCUUUCUCCUUGUUUGGAGUAUUAUUCCAUGUAGCGACGGACUCGGAGACUUGCAGACUAACCAACUUACAAUGACUCUGGAGUCGGAAAUGACUGAGAGGUCGUUCGGUUUGCAAGAGACAGACGUGGACGUUGUGGGCGACGAGAGUCAGGAGUGUGCAGGGGAGAGAGGUCGGACCGCGGGCGUGCAGGAGGUGAAGACGCUGGUGAAACCCCCCUACUCCUACAUCGCUCUCAUCACAAUGGCAAUCCUACAGAGCCCCAAGAAGCGACUGACCCUCAGCGAGAUCUGCGACUUUAUCAGCAGCAGGUUUCCCUAUUACAGAGAUAAAUUCCCGGCUUGGCAGAACUCCAUCCGGCACAACCUCUCCCUUAACGACUGCUUCGUCAAGAUGCCCCGAGAGCCGGGCAACCCGGGCAAGGGCAAUUACUGGACCCUGGACCCCAACUCGGCCGACAUGUUUGACAACGGGAGCUUCCUGAGGAGGAGGAAGAGAUUUAAGAGGCAACAACAGAACGGGAUACUGAGGGAGCACAGUGGACGCUUCCCCGGACUCGGUUACGGACCUUACGGUUAUGGCCUCCAGAUUCCGAACCCCACACUGGCCUUUCAUCACCAUUACUCCAUCCCUAAUCCUGCCGGCAUCUUCCCCUCGCUCUCCACCCUUAUCCAAGGGAGUGAGCUGACCAGGAAACCCCUACCGCUACCCCUGAGCCCUGCCUCGCCAGCUCGUCCGACUGUCAAGGUGGAAGCUUCCUCUCCGUUCUCCACCUUUUCAAUAGAUAGCACCAUGAGUCCCGCUUCUCCUCCUCUCUAUCCAAGGACGGGGCAGGCUCCCGUCUUGCCUGUGCUCUCCGCUCUCUUCUGCCCUUCGCACAGCUUGUUAAACAUAAGUUAUGACCGCAUGCAGCAGGAAGCGAACUUUGCAAACACGAUAAUCCAUCUCAGCCACGGUCAUUAUUGAAGGAGCCUUGACCGUUCAGAAGAGAACAAUCGAGGCUGAACCCCCAGCCCUCUCUGGUACCGUCAAAGGAUUUUCUUUUGGGAAGCCAUUCAAGGAUACAAAGUAAAUGAUUUGAUCUCGAGUCAUUAAUCAGCUGAAUAUUAAUCUGUGUAAAUAUUGUAACGGAAACGACAAUGGAGCCGAGUUUAAUUAUGGUUGAUGUUGAAGCAGUUCCAGACGUACUGUUCCGUAUAAAUUAUUUUUAUUCGUUUUUGCGGUAUUUACAUACUUACACGCCUUUUUCGAUCCAUUAAAAUGUAUCAAUAUUAAAUAGCUUAUGUUCAGUAUUUAUUGUAUCUAGUUUAUUAAAGCAAAUAUGUAGUAAGGUCUGCCACGCGAACUGCAUGUGGUACAUUUUUAAGCACUUACAUAACAAAGUAAAAUUUAAGAUUAUUUUGUUAAACGAUAA